AUGUCAGUGCUAUGGCGGUGUCGGCCGCCCAGUCAAGCGGGAAACGGUGAGAACCCGGCGUUGAUGAGGAGGUCCGGGCCAGCCAAGGCUGACCCGAAAGGCGUGCCGAGCCUUUCUUUCCUUUGGCUGACCGCGCGCGAAAUGACGGCCCCUCGGGUUCUCAACGCGUUCCGCUUGCGGCUCUCCGGUUCCCGGCCGGGCGCGCCAACCGGGUCCCGGACGCCAAGCCUGAAACCGAAUAUUGCACACCCCACCUUCUACCACAAAGCUCUGGCAUCUCUAUGGCGCAAUUUCCGCUUCCAAAAGAGCUGGGCUCACUGGAAGAACCCCCCGCAACCAAACGCCGCCACGGCACGGGCGGACGGCCCGUGA